AUGGGUUCAAUUCAUGCCCCCGUUCACCGCGCGUGGUGGAAGGAGGCGUCGGUCUACCAGAUCUACCCUGCUUCCUUCAAAGAUUCGAAUGGAGACGGACUCGGUGAUAUUCCCGGCAUCAUCUCCAAACUCGACUAUAUCAAGGCGUUAGGCGUGGACAUGGUCUGGGUCUGCCCCAUCUAUAAAUCACCGCAAGUCGACAUGGGCUACGACAUCUCCGAUUACGAAGACAUCCACGCACCUUACGGCACUCUUGCAGACGUCGAGAGGCUCAUUGAAGGUCUACACAGUCGAGGAAUGAAGUUCGUGAUGGACCUAGUGGUCAAUCACACCUCUGAUCAGCACAAAUGGUUUCAGGAGGCCAAGAAAUCUAAAGACAGCGAAUUCAGGGACUUCUACAUCUGGAGAAAGCCAAAAUACGACGCCGCCGGCAAGCGCCAGCCGCCGAACAAUUGGGCAGCAGCCUGGGGAGGCAGUGCGUGGGAGUAUGACGAGGCAUCCGACGAAUAUUACCUCCACAUUUUCGCACCCGAGCAACCCGAUCUGAACUGGGAGCACCCUCCCGUUCGUGAGGCUGUCUAUGCCAUCAUCCGCUUCUGGCUGAACAAAGGGGUGGACGGCUUCCGAAUGGACGUCAUCAACUUCAUCAGCAAAGCCCCCGGUCUCCCCGACGCAGCGGUUCUGCAGCCAGGAAAAGAGUUUCACAGCGGUGCGGAACAUUUCGCCUGCGGUCCAAGGCUACAUGAGUAUCUGCAAGCGAUCGGCAAGAUUCUCAAGGAGUACAAUGCUUUCUCAGUCGGAGAGAUGCCGGCCGUGCACGAUCCGAAACAGAUCAUCAAGGCUGUUGCGUUCGACCGCCAGGAACUCAACAUGAUCUUCCACUUCGAGAUUGUCGACAUGGAUCAUGGGCUUGGCGGAAAGCUCACCCCCAGACCAUGGGAGAUGUCGAAACUGAAGGAGAUUGUCAGCAGAUGGCAAUAUUUCAUGAUUGACAACGACGGGUGGAACGCCCUUUACCUAGAGAAUCACGAUCAGAGCCGAUCAGUCUCCCGGUGGGGCUCCGACUUACCAGAGUUCCGGGUCGCUUGUGCGAAGAUGUUCGCGACGUUCCUCGCUCUCCAGUGCGGAACGGUAUUCGUUUAUCAGGGCCAGGAGCUGGGCAUGACCAACAUUCCGAAGGAUCGAGACGUCAGCGAGUACCGCGAUCUGGAGACCUUGAACUGGUGGAAUGAAAUGCUUGAGAAGCACCCCGAUGACAAGGAGCUCCACCGCAUCACCAAAGAUGAGAUUCAGAAGAAGUCGCGUGACAAUGCCCGAACACCCAUGCAGUGGGAUAACUCCGAACACGCCGGCUUUUCAACCGCAGUGCCAUGGCAACGCGUCAACGACACGUACCCUGAUUGUAACGCCGCGGCACAGGUUGGUGUAAAAGGCAGCGUUUUCGAGUACUGGGCCAACGUUCUUCGGUUCCGCAAGACUCACAAAGACAUCUUCAUCUAUGGUGAUUACCAACUCAUCGACCCCGAAAACAAUGAUGUAUUCGCCUACACCCGAACCUUUGAAGACCAGACGGCCGUUGUUGCCGCCAAUUUCAGAGCGAACAAUGUCGAAUGGUCCCUUCCGAAUAUCACUUUACAGAAAGAGAAGGUCUUGAUCUCUAAUUACGGGGAUCUGGUCGUGAAGGAUGGUGUGGUGUCGUUGCGGCCUUUCGAGGCCUUCGCUUGCCCGCUUGCUUGGUGA